AUGUCAGGCUCGAAGAUUGUGGUUACAGGGGCAUCUGGUGUUCUCGGCACUGCGGUUCAUAAGGCAUUCGAGAAAGCAUUGCGAUAUGAGGUUGUGGGCUUGAAGAAUAAAAGCACCGCUAGCCAUCUAGUGCAACUAGAUUUGACAGAUAAAGAAGCGACCAAGCAGAAGUUGGAAGAAAUUAAACCUACCUGUCUUCACUGUGAUUGGCAAGGGGUGAUCCAUUGCGCCGCUGAAAGGCGACCUGAUGUUGCCGAGAAGUUGAAUGUCGAAGUUCCGGGGUACCUUGCUGAACUCGCGAAGGCCAUUAACUUUACACUCGUGUAUAUCUCUACUGACUACGUUUUUGACGGAAGAUCGCCUCCUCCUGGCGGGUAUACACCAGAGUUGCCUACUAACCCACUUCAGAUCUAUGGUCAGACUAAACGGGAUGGCGAGACUGCUGUAUUGCAAGCUCGGCAACAGGGUUCCAGGGCAGUUGUUUUGAGAGUUCCAGUAUUGCAAGUGACCUCCCGUCGCACUGCUUCAUAUGGCCCUGCACCUAACAAUGCAGACUCAGCCGUUAACAUCCUCGUUGAUGUUGUACAGGACCAAUCAAAGGAGUCUAACAUGGAUGACUAUGGGAUCAGGUAUCCUACCAACGUAUUGGACAUUGCAUCCUUUUUAGUCCGCUUGACGGAUAUCAGCUUCGAUACUUUACCUCCAAUUCUCCACUAUUCGGCGAACGAGUCCUUCACAAAGUACCAGAUGUGCAAAAUCUUUGCCGACAUCCUUGGUCUCAAUGACAUGAAUCAUAUCAAGCCUGUCUCAACACCUCCAACUGGUGCCGGUGCCACAUCACGCCCUUACAAUUGCCACCUAUCUACUGCUGAGACAGAGAAAUUACUUCCAUUAGAAUGUACAAGGUUUAGAACGUGGUGGGAGGAAUAUUUACACGAUGGCGGAAAGUAA